AUCAGUCGGUCGUGAAGCAUCGCCGCGACUGUCUGUCGUGUCCAAGACUACCUACCGACAGCGGUGAUGCGCGGUGAGGCAGAUAUCGGCGUGUAGAAGUAUCCGAGGACCGCAUGCCUGGUCCACCCACUUCAGCAUCAGGCCGCCGAGCGACCUUAAGUACCGAAGCCCCGCGGGCGCUGCGAUUCAGCCUCCCACCUGAAAAUGAGUUGCAGAAGAAUUCUGACCGUGUUUUGUCUGAACACGAACUGAGGGUCCAGAGAUCGUUGCAGAAGCUAAAUGUUCCAGAAUGGUACAAAAACGCGGCUGCCCCGAGAGAGGGGUUCCUGCUCCGCAAGCGCCUGUCUGACGCGUCAUCAGCGACGCGCUGGGGCGGCCUCAACUCCAAGACCACGUCGCUGGGCAGCCUGGGCGCCAGUCCUCAGCCGCCGCUGCCCCAACUGUCCCCGCACACCACCAGCUUCGGCAGGUGGUCCACCAGCCGCCUUAACUCUAACCAGACGUCUCCGUGUUCUUCCACUCGCAGCAGUAUCCGCGGCGCCAGUCCACUCUGCUCGCCUUCCACCCGGUCCUCGUUCAGCGCCCGGCAGCCGUACCUCGGCUGGCGCAGCCAGGAGCGACUCAACACCACCCCCAGGACGCCGCACGAAAGACUAGCGUCCUCUCUACUCCAGCAAGCAGCAUCUAGUAAAGCCUCCGAAGAGAUACAGACCUCCAUAAAGGAAGUGACGUCAGCGAUAGUGCACUAUGUUUCCGGUCUGGAACCGGCAAACGGCGACCUUGAUGAUAGACAUCCUUCGCCCAGGUCCAGUCAGAAGUUGUGCUGGGUGGAAAGCUCCUUUGUUGGAACGAAGCCUUUAGAGUCGCCUCAGACGCCGCUCGUAGUGGAUUCGUUGCCGCCCCCGCACCCUCGACCGCCCUCCUCCCUGCGACUUGAGAACCGUGCCGCGCCUGGUGAGCGACACACUUCGCAUUGCAGGCUCUGAUACACACAUUCCGACAGCAAAUGAGAGUUCACAAUCUGUUUUAACGGUUAAACUGUCUGUUGACGAUCGCUUUGUAAUUGGACAGUCUGUGGGGCCCAUAAAUCGCAGUCUGUAGUGGGCUUAAAACGGAUAGUCUGUGGUGUCUUUAUUUGUACAGUCAAGUACAAAAAUAUGGAGAGUAAUUACUUUUUAAUCAUAUAAAUAUUUAGCUAAAGUUGUCAUGGGUAGCUUUAAUCUGUAUAAAAUGCACAUUUUAUUCGUACCUUAAAAUUAUGAAGUAAUAUGACUGCCCAUAAGGCAAUAUAAAUGUUAAUGCAAGAAACCCACGAUUUUAUUGAUUUUUUGAAAAUCCAUGCUUGAAAUGUUUAUGUUAUUGUAAUUUUAUAUAUCAGUGGAAAAAUAUCCAUUCACUGUUGGCCUCCCCGGCCGCAAAGUUUAAUAGUCUUAAUAUUAACAUUUAAUAAGGCUAUAGUGUGAAAAUGUUUAUGGCCUUGACUGUACCAAAAUGUUUAGUUACCCCCUUGCUUUUAAGUAAUUGUUAUAUUCAUUGAUAAAGUUUGUCAUGGUGUUUGCCAUAGACCAAAGAUCGAGUAGUAAAAAAGUUAUAGGUAACUUUUUCAUAUUUUUAAAUUUUGGGUGCAUAAAUUUAGUAAGAUAAUCGAACUGACAAAGCGAUCUUUAAUGGAUUUGUUUACGUUAGAUGCAUAAUAGUACCUGAAUAAAAUUUAAAUGCAUUUAGCGAGCAACCUUCAGAGCUGCAAUGUUUGCGUUUAUUUUUGUGCUGUCAUUUAGUUAACUGUCAAAUGUCAUUUAGUUUUGUACGUGUAAUUGCUUUUAUAAAUGUUUAGGACUCAGGACCAUUUGUUUCACAGAUCUUGUAUUUUGUCACAUUAUGCACAAUCAUUUUGUUCAAGUGUUUGCUUUGUUAAGCACUAGCUUAUAGAAACGCUAUUUAACUUGUCUUAGCAGUAUAUUUUGUAUCUGACAGUUUUGUUACAUUACAUAUAAAAUUCACAUUUUAUUUUUAUUGUCAUUCAUAGAUUUUGAUAUAUUUAGUUAUAGAAGUCUAAAUAAUGAUUGCCAUAUGAUUUUGAAGUAAUUUGAUACAAACCGGUUAUGACUAGCUAUUCGUUGUACAUAUAAAUUAUUAUGUUUGUGUGUUAGUUUUGCAAUCUUUAAUUUAGACUUAAUGCAUAAGAAUAUGCAGUAUAGUGUACAUAAGUGUUGCUAUGACGUAAAAGAUUUAUUUUAGGUGCUAAUUUACUGUUACCUACUUAUAUUAUAUUGAGAGUAACUUUAUAAAGACUUGAAAGGUCACAAAUAACAUUUAAAAUAUGACUUAGGAUAUCAGAACCAUUGUUUUGAAUGGUGGUGAAAAGUAACAUCCAGGCUUUCCUUCUACUUAAAUCACCUCAUAAUUUAUGUUGGAGCGACUAGCUCCUGUUAAAUUAUACAGGUUCUGAUUGUGAUAGACUUUCGCGUCGAAAAAUUCGCACCGCCGAGAAGAACCCGAAUGAAGCGUCCCGAUUUUUAUCGACAGAAACUCCGAACUUUUUAAUCUGUAUCAAUUCAUUGUCUAUGGUGGUUUUUUGUUUUUAUCUAUCCAUUACAAAAUGGCGCCGGCUUGUUAAUGCUAACCGCUCUCUAGAUGUAUAACAAAAUUUAAAUUAAUAUCUUAUUGUGUAUUAUAGCGAAUCUCGACGUUUAUUCGUAGAAAGUUAUUUGUUCAUCCAUUUUAUUCAUGUACGUUUGAAUCAUUGUACGUACCUUUUAUUUUAUUUUAAUUAUGGUUAAUUGAUUGAAUAUAUUCAGUUUUAUUUUA